GAUAAAGAGUAAGAAGAGCAGCGUAAUUUGGUGGAGGAGUAUAUUUGUUUUAGGUUAACGCAAGAAUUGCUGUUGGAAAUAGUCGGUUAACAAAUGUUUAUAUAUUUCGAAUAUCGGAUAGGGGUAUAAUAGUUUAAAUGAAAAAAUCCUUUUUAGUUAUAAAUCAUUCCUAAUGAACCGAAGAUUGGAUGAUCUGAUCUGAACGAACUAAUCUGAAGACGAACUUGAUCCGCAAAGAUUUGAUAUCUGUGUUUAGUUUUAGAGCAGGACAUGAAUAUGGAUAAAGGAAAAGUUUAUAAAAUAAUUCCAGUAGAAUAUAUUGGAAUUGAGGAUAAUGCUUAUUUAUUAAAAUCUGCAGAUGGCGAGGAGUACACUUCAUCAGAUUCUAAUAUACCCACGAAAAAAGGAAGUUUGAUUCGUCUAGAUAAGAACACAUUCCUAAAGCUGACUAAUAAUAUAGUGAUAGAUGAUAAAGAGGAAGAAAUAGUUAUUGUAAAUGAUGACACAACUGUUAAACGAGAACUUGAACAAGAAUUUAAUUACACCACUCCGAAAGAAAGGAAUUGUGCUAUAUGGCCCAAUGACUCAACUAAAAUUCUUAUCGAAAUGUAUAGGAAACUAAGGCCACUGGUUUUCAAAGCAGAAAUCAAAAGUAUGAAGCAGAUGUGGACACUAAUAGCUGAGAAACUGAAGAAAAACGGCUAUAACUAUGAUAUUAACCAAGUUGAGAGCAAAUGGAAAAGUUUAGUAAGAUCAUAUAGAGUGGGGCUUCUUCUUGGAACAAAACGGAAAUCACAUUACCUCUCCGCACCUUUUGAAAAGGAUAUUGGAGAUAUAUUGAAAAUGAUGAGUUGUAUGCAAAAUGAUACAAAUUUAGACCUCUCAGAAAUUUCUCUUAGCCCACCAUCCACUAAAAAAUUGAAAUUGAAUACCAGUGAAACAAACCCUGAAGUAGAAAAUGUCAAAGUUAAUAAUGAAGAAAUUUCAUCUAAACAAAUAUUCAAAUUGGAUACUGAAGAAAUAAAUAGUAAUCUUUCUCGAAUUGUGGAAGCAAUUGAAGUAGCAACACACAAGAGAGAAAAAGCUGAAGAAAAAAAGCAACACCAGAGAGAAAGACUUAUACAAGCUAUAGAAAGAGGGAAUGAAUUAUUGAGCAAUUUAUUACAGAAGAAGUAGUCAAUCUUCUAUGUUAUAAUUUUGUUAAGUUUCUAUUUAGACGUAUUGAAUUAAGUUUAAUAUAAAACGAAAUAUUAUAUUUUAAUUGAGAACGAAUGAUAAAUAUAUUUUAAUCUCAUUAA